AUGAUAUCUUGUCUGAAGUUAUUUUGUUUAUAUUUACUUGAGCUCGUCAUCUACCCUUUAUAUAUUAAUUGUUUAGAUACUCAGAAUUCAAAUGUUGACUAUUAUUUAACUCUCCCAUCAGAAUAUCAUAGUUUAGUAUUUGGUAUUGCAAGGGAUGAUAUAGAGGAAGAAAUACUGAAAAAUAGACUAGUGUCUAAACAGAUUGUUGGAGAAGGUAUGUCAAAAGAAAUAGAGAGAGGAGAUUUACACUCAUUAGUUUGUAAAAGAGGUGAUUUAGUAUUUUACAAGAAAAAUAGUAAUUUUACCUUGAAAUAUGUGGAUAUUUCUAAAUUGAAAAUAUUGGGAUUAAGUAAUAGUGAUAUUGAGGGCUAUGACUUGCUACUCAUGUUAGAAGCUGAAAAGUGUAUAAUAUCACGAAGUACUGAGAAAAAAUCCCAUGUGAAGAUAAGAUUUAUAAAAACAAUUAAUACGCAGAGAAAACAGUGGGGUUAUACUGAAAUAAAUUGUAUAUGCAUGUUUUCAACUAUAUCAAAUAUAGAUAAGUCAACAUUUGUACUGGAAUGCCCAUUACUUAUAAAUAAAGAUCAUUAUCAUAUGAAUUAUUCACAAGUAGAUAAAGAGGCUCAUUUACCCCCAAAAAGUAUAUCUAAAGAAUUUUCUGAAUACCAUAACAAAUGUAAUGAAGUGAAUUCUAUCCCUGUUGUUGAACUUGGGGGCCCUAAAACAUCUAUUGCUAAUGGAAAAAUUUUAAAUUUUAAUCCUAUUUCUGUCCCUAUUAGAGAGGACUAUAGGUUAAAUAACAGAUUAUCUAAUAUAUCAACUGAAAAUCAAGUAAAUUCGUAUAAUUCAAUUAAUAAUGAAUUCUUAACUGAAUCAAAUUCAGAGAUUACACACAGUUUUCCUUUAAAUAACAUAGAAGAUAUACAAAAUACUUCAAGUAUAUCCUGGGAUACUGGAAAUAAAUAUUUUGGAGAAAUUGAUAAACCCAUAGAAAAAACUUUUAAUGAAGAGAAUAGAACAGAUAAAGCUUUGAUUAAUGAUAUUCUUAAGCAUAGAUGUACAACUACCGAAAGUAAUGAAGUAGUUCAAGUAAUGUGGAGUAUAAUUACACAUCUUAUAGAUUAUGCGAAUAAUAAAAACCAACUAGAGCUUGAUAAUGUUUGA